ACCAUCUUCACGGAUCAAUCAUUAGACUUUAGCUUUUCUUGCUUAUUCUUCACGGAUUGGUUUCGAUCUCUCCUUCUUCACUCUCUCUCUUUCUCGUGAAAGCAAAACAGAUCUCAAAUCUCGGGAGCAACAAUGGAGUUUCUGGUAACAGUUGCGGAAUUCAGCCUCUGGCUGCUGCUGAUCGUCUUAUUCGGAUUUCUAUCCGUUGUUGUUUUUGAAGCUUGGAGAAGGAGACACAGUAACGUCUCUGUCGAGACCGUGACUACACUCGACGAUCCGAAAUCUAUAAAACCGAUUCCUUGCCCUCAUAUUACCGACCCUGCCGAGAAGUAUUUGUCUUUAAUAGUUCCAGCGUAUAAUGAAGAACUGAGACUUCCUGCUGCUCUUGAGGAAACAAUGGAUUACCUUCAAGAUCGUGCAUCACGGGACAAGAGUUUUUCUUUUGAGGUGGUGAUUGUUGAUGAUGGAAGUGUUGAUGGAACAAAAAGAGUAGCUUUUGAUUUCAUUAGAAAGUACACAAUUGACAACAUAAGGGUUAUACCCCUUGGGAAGAAUCAAGGCAAAGGAGAAGCUAUAAGAAAAGGAAUGUUGCAUUCGCGGGGUCAGCUACUUCUCAUGUUGGAUGCUGAUGGAGCAACUAAAGUAACGGACCUAGAAAAACUUGAAAAUCAGAUCAAUGCAGUAGCCAGAGAAGAAUAUUCAAUCAGAAAUCCAGCAUCUAAGGAUAUGGAUUUCAAAAUAGGUGAUGUUCAAGUAUCCGCAUUUGGUUCUCGUGCUCAUCUCGAGGAGAAAGCUCUUGCUACAGUUAAGUCUUGCAAACUUCUGUUCUAGACAACAUCAUUCUUUGUCUAUGUACACACACAGAUGCAUAUACUUAUUACGCAUCUUAGAUAAUUGACUUUUAGUCUUUCAAUUUCAGAGGAAAUGGUAUCGCAACUUUCUGAUGAAGGGUUUCCAUCUUGUGGUUCUAUUAGCUGCUGGUCCUGGUAUUCGGGAUACACAGUGUGGCUUCAAGAUGUUUACUAGGGCUGCUGCUAGGAGACUUUUCACAAACGUCCAUCUGAAAAGGUGGUGCUUUGAUGUUGAAUUGGUGUACUUGUGCAAGCGUUUUAAUAUACCAAUGGUUGAAAUCUCUGUGAAAUGGUCCGAAAUUCCCGGGUCUAAAGUCAGUAUGUUGAGCAUUCCAAACAUGCUUUGGGAGCUUGCUUUAAUGUCUGUGGGAUACAGAACUGGCAUGUGGAAGAUCCAUCAAGUAUGAGACACAUAGACAACAACAUACAUAGAGCAUUUCCUCUUGGGAAUAACAACUCGUCCACGCUGGUUUUCUGCAGAGAGGAUAUAGUUUUGAUGUCUCUGAAUUUCUGGUCAAGCUCAAGGAAAGCUAAGGCGAUAGAAAAUAUGUCGGUCUUUGUUUCAAUAGAUGUGAUAAAAAUCUUACCGGAUUAUAAAUGAUGAAAUGAAACUACUACAGCUCUAGAUUUUUUUUUUUUUGGUUUUAGUUUAAACUACUCAAACUUUGUUCAAAAAAAA